CCCCCCCCAUCACCUGCGAGCAUCACCUGGUCUCAACGUUUAGGGACUUUCCAGAAGCCACCUCUCUCCUAGGAGUGUGUUGCUAGUGCCGGCUUCUCUACAUCUCGGCCUCUACGCUAGAGAGCGAGCGGGACACUCCCCCACACACACACACACACACACGUGUGCGCACGCACACACACUCUCCGCAGAGGAGCUAAGCAGAGUGCCGUGUAGUGGCAGACACACACGUGCACACACACACAGAUACACACACACCCCUGCAACAAACGGCUGCAGCAGAGGCAGCACCCCAACCCUGCAGCCACUAUGGUGCUGUCGCAGAGGCAACGUGACGAGCUAAAUCGAGCGAUAGCCGAUUACCUCCGGUCCAACGGCCAUGAAGAGGCAUACUCCGUUUUUAAGAAAGAGGCAGAGAUGGACAUGAAUGAAGAAUUAGAUAAGAAAUAUGCAGGCCUUUUGGAAAAGAAAUGGACAUCGGUCAUCAGAUUACAAAAGAAAGUCAUGGAGCUGGAGUCCAAGCUGAGCGACGCUAAGGAGGAGAUCACCCUAGGAGGCCCCAUCGGCCAGAAGAGGGACCCCAAAGAGUGGAUCCCUCGGCCCCCGGAGAAGUAUGCCCUGAGUGGCCACAGGAGCCCCGUCACACGCGUCAUAUUCCACCCGCUCUUCAGCGUCAUGGUGUCCGCCUCCGAAGAUGCCACUAUUAAGGUGUGGGACUAUGAGGCGGGAGACUUUGAGCGCACCCUGAAGGGCCACACAGACUCUGUGCAAGAUAUCUCCUUUGACCAGUCGGGCAAGCUGCUGGCCUCGUGCUCCGCCGACAUGACCAUCAAGCUCUGGGACUUCCAGGGCUUCGAGUGCAUCAGGACCAUGCAUGGGCAUGACCACAACGUGUCGUCAGUUGCUAUCAUGCCCAACGGUGAUCACAUUAUCUCUGCAUCCAGAGACAAGACCAUGAAGAUGUGGGAGGUAGCCACUGGCUACUGUGUGAAGACGUUCACGGGCCACAGGGAGUGGGUGCGCAUGGUGCGGCCCAACCAGGACGGCACGCUGAUCGCCAGCUGCUCCAACGACCAGACGGUCCGCGUGUGGGUGGUGGCCACCAAAGAGUGCAAGGCUGAGCUGCGGGAGCACGAGCACGUGGUGGAAUGCAUCUCCUGGGCGCCUGAGAGCGCUCACCCCACCAUCCUGGAGGCCACCGGCUCAGAGAACAAGAAGAGCGGCAAGCCUGGUCCAUUCCUGCUCUCUGGCUCCAGAGACAAGACCAUCAAGAUGUGGGAUGUCAGUACGGGCAUGUGUCUUAUGACCCUGGUUGGCCAUGAUAACUGGGUGCGUGGCAUCAUGUUCCACCCCGGUGGCAAGUUCAUUGUGAGCACCGCCGACGACAAGACCCUGCGCAUCUGGGACUACAAGAACAAGCGCUGCACCAAGACCCUGACGGCCCACGAACACUUUGUCACCUCUCUGGAUUUCCAUAAGACGUCUCCCUACGUGGUGACUGGAAGCGUAGAUCAAACAGUCAAAGUCUGGGAAUGCCGCUGAUCCCAUUGGCUAGGCUCCUCCCCUUUCCCCAUCUGCCCGCCCCUUCCAAAUCACUCAUCCUCCAGGAAGCACUCAUCACCGUGGUUACCACCCCCCCCCUGCCCCCACCCCCUUUAUCCGAGCUGUCGGCAUAACUAUCGUCCUCCUAUGUAAAUUAUUCUGGGUGUAGAACUGAGCUUAUUAAAAACAUUAUACACAUGGCAC